CACUACGAUCCACUGUAUGCAUACACAUGUGCACAUACAUUAAUUACUAAAUGUAAACAAUGGACCAAACACGUGAUAAAAGUGUUUUGCAAUUUAUUUAAGCGAAAAUGCGCGUGCGUAAAUCCCUAGAUAGAUGUGUUCGAAAGAUAAUAAAUUUCUUAACUUUCGGACAUUCUUCGCUAGUAAACAGGGAAUAAAGUACAGAGAGCUGUAUAUAAUUUAACCGGUAUUAUGUAUCCACGUAUAAAAUGCGCCACUGCAAGAAAAAGAAGUUUAUUCGAAUCGAUAAUGAGAAGUCAUAGGAAUGAGUCGACUCGAAUCUUGUAUUAUAAACCUGAAUGUACGAGAGGGAAUGAAUCCGGUGGAUAUUCUAAGUAUAAUUCAUAUUCAAAGUAUAUCGGAAGCAUAGCUGUAGCGCUGUCAACGGUUGGUGUUUAUUAUUUAACAAAUUCAGGAUUAAGAAGAGCGUAUGCCCAUGAGAAGGAACGAGACGUUAGAUGCGGGGAAAUUAGGGAGGAUUUGCGAACGUAUACUUUAGAAGAAGUCGGGAAGCACGAUAAUAAAAAAACUGGUAUCUGGGUAACGUUCAAGCAUGGAGUUUAUAACAUCACAGAUUUUGUGGAUAAACAUCCUGGUGGUCCUAGCAAGAUAAUGAUGGCAGCUGGCGGCUCCAUCGAGCCGUUUUGGAUGAUGUUCGCUAAUCACAACAAUAAAGAGAUACAUGCUCUUUUGGAGUCCAUGAGAAUUGGAAAUCUGUCCGAAGAAGAUGUUAAUCAUGCCACGGAUGGUAUGGAUGAUCCGUAUGCAUGGGAACCAAAAAGACAUAAAGCUUUGAUUAUAAAUGGUCACAAGCCAUUUUGUGCCGAGACUCCUCCGUCCCUACUAGUCAAAAGUUUUACAACUCCAGGAGAUUUGUUUUACGUCAGACAUCACCUCCCCGUGCCAAAAGUGGAUGUCGAUGACUACGAACUCGAAAUAGCUAUCGAAGAAACCACCGUAAAGAAGCUAAAAUUCGAAGACUUGAAAUCGCUACCAAAGUGCACAAUUACAAGUACAAUAAUGUGUGCUGGAAAUCGACGCUCGGAAAUGGCUAAGGAAAAACCUCUAAAAGGUCUCAGUUGGGGUGUCGGAGCAGUAGGCAACGCAACAUGGACCGGUGUUCGAUUAUGCGACCUUUUAAACUACUUAGGAGUCAAUGAAAAUGACUACGAUCAUGUACAGUUCGAAGGACUGGAUUUGGAUUCGUCAGGAAUGCCUUACGGUGCAAGUAUUCCCAUAAGCAAAGCCAUGGAUCCGAGAGGUGAUGUGAUUCUGGCAUACAAAAUGAAUGAUCAACCUAUACCAAGAGAUCAUGGUUUUCCAAUCCGCGUAAUCGUCCCUGGAGUCGUUGGAGCUAGGAACGUUAAAUGGCUUGCUAAAAUCACAGUGUCAAAAGAGGAAUGUCAAUCGCAGUGGCAACAAGGAGACUAUAAAGCCUUUUCUUCGAGCAUAGAUUGGCACAACGUAGAUUUCUCAUCAGCUCCUGCGAUUCAAGAGUUGCCCGUCAACUCCGCAAUCUGCAGUCCGGAACCAGGAGAAAGAGUUAAAGUGAAGGAUAAUCAAGUAACCGUCGAAGGCUAUGCUUGGUCAGGUGGUGGAAGAGGAAUCAUAAGAGUCGAUGUAUCGAUUGACAAAGGAGAAACCUGGCAAGCAGCGAAAUUAAUCCAAGACCCGACUGCGAAGCAACACCGCCAUUGGAGUUGGACACUUUGGAGCAUCGAUCUCCCAGUUGACGUAAAUACCACAGAAGCAGAAAUCUGGGUGAAAGCAGUUGACUCUUCGUACAAUGUUCAACCGGAAAGUGUGAAACAUAUUUGGAAUCUCAGAGGUUUUCUAUGCAACUCUUUCCACAAGGUUAAGGAUGACAAAUUAAUAUUCGAAACGCAUCUGAGAAGGUUGUAAUUCAUUGGGCAAACAAUUCGUGCACGUGGGUUUCGGCGGUUGUUCAUAAAAAUAUUGUAUAAUUAAUUAU